AUGAACUCCUUCCGCGUUGCCCGUGCGGCUCUCCGAGCUCGCCCCUCCGCCAUCCGAGUCCCCCUCCAGCGAAGAACCUACGCCGAGGCCGUCCCCGACAAGGCAAGAUUCAGCCAACCCCGUGCCCCGGCUACGACUGGGUUUUGCUCUAUCUACAAGUCCCAGGAUGUCGUCCAGGUCAACAUCCCCGCCGAGUCUGGAGAGAUGGGUGUCCUUGCCAACCACGUUCCUUCCAUUGAGCAGCUGAAGCCUGGUCUGGUUGAGGUUGUCGAGGAGUCCGCUGGCUCCAAGCAGUUCUUCCUCUCUGGUGGAUUCGCUACCGUCCAGCCCAACUCCGUCCUCAGCAUCAACGCUGUUGAGGGAUACCCCCUUGAGGACUUCAGCGCUGAGGCCAUCCGAGCCCAGAUCGCCGAGGCCCAGAAGGUUGCCAACGGCAGCGGAAGCGAGCAGGAUAUUGCUGAGGCCAAGAUCGAGCUGGAGGUUCUCGAGACCCUGUCUGCACACGUGAAAUAG